GAUUCCAUACAAAACAAACUUUGUGGUGUUAUUGGUAUAAUUCGGUACGAAACAAUAAUUUAAACCCAAUUUAAGCAGUUAUUUUAAUGAGCUAACAAUAAUUGACUUUGAGUAGAGUAGAAAGGCAAUUAAGGUAUGGAAGGAAUUUUAUACGAAGAACACGACGAACUACCGAAUAAAAACGAGUCAGGUUUGGCUACAUACUAGUUGAGCCGCCUUGAUAAGCAAUGUCCUCUACACCUCCACCUUUGUUCGUGUGUAACCUAUGCAAGCGGGAUGACCGUUUCGAUCCUUCUUGGGUGCACCACUUAGCUUCCCUUGGUCACCAACGUGCCCUCACUCGUCAACCCCAGGGUGGCAGUGGAACGUGGGGCGAAACCACCUCUGUCAAAUAUCGUGCAGUUGAAGUCGUCGGAUGUCACGAACUCAAAGCCAACCCCAUCGACAUUGCAGAAUAUUUGUCAAAACAAGGGGGCCCCAUUGAGGAAUUUAUCUGCCCCACGAGUCUCUCUGGCACAAAGCCUAACAUUGUUUCCUGCCUCUUUAAGGAAGCAGAAUCCGUUAAGAAAAUUUUAGAGGUUGAGGAGCACAAAAUAUUUAGACAACCAAUCCAAAUUAGAAAAAAAUAUGAGUGCCAAACUGACAAUGAGCACACGGCGAAUGAAGAAGUACUGGUUGUAGAUGGGGAGGGUGCAGACCAACAAAAGAUUGAAGUCCUGGAAGAUGGUGAGAUUGCGAACAGCCAGGAAAAUGGCAAAGAAGGAGGAAAGAAGAAGAAAAGAAAUCAAAAGAAAACUGCACCGGUUCUACUCCCACUUGAAGAACAGUUAACAGCGCUAAGUAAAUUUCACAAUCCCGAACUACGAGCCAAGAUUGUUAAAGAUCUUCAUAAAGUUGUGGCUGUUACAUUCAACAAUGGCGUUGUUUACUCUUAUGGGCCAGAUUUUUUUGGAGUUUGUCUUGAUUCAGACGAACUUAGGCUAUGUGUGGACCCUUAUGGCAAAUUCAGCUCAAAAUCUGCUGCGAAAAUCAUAAGAAAUGCUUCUGAUCCAAUGGCGUGUGGAUUAACUUUUCAAAUUCUUUCCACUUGUAAAGAUGGAGACGGAUCUCUAAAAUUUGCAUUUGUUUCUCAAUACUCCACAUCAAAUGUUCUGGAUAUUCCUGAAAUCAGUUUUAAGCAAACUAUUAACCAGAAACAUUUGCCUUGCAAGCUACAGUUUGAAAACUUUCUAUCGGUUCAAAAAUCUCGUUUGCUCAAGUUCCUAACAAACCAUGAUGUUCGCGUGGGACCAUUGUUCUCAAUGAUACGCCUUUGGGGAAAAGCACAUCAAGUCUUUCACGAGUUGAGGGAAGGAGAAGAAUUUGAGGGAUAUAUUUUGAUCAUGCUGAUGGUAUUUCAUUUAACGAGGAUCAAGUUCUUUCCAAGCGUUGCUGAAUUACGGGAGUUGGACAAGAAGAACACGCCUCGCAUUGUGGAUAAUAUGAAUAUUGGUUUUUGCUCAAAUAGAAAGCAGGUUCCAGGAGCAAGAGUGACGAAUGACAAAAGUAUUCGUGCAUUAAGCAUCGUUUCCAUUCUCAAAGAAUUUUUCCAGUUCUUUGCCAACUUUAAGUUUACAGACAACGUAGUUUGUUGUUCAACUGGAAUGGUGCUUGAGAGUAGAGCUUUCCGUCCUCAAGUUGAAAAUCAGUUGCCUUCUGAAAUCUUAAAGUAUUAUAGACUGAAUGCAGAUGGGACUUUAAGAGAGAAAAAGUUGGAAAUAUUUUCGCCUGUUAUUGUUCAAGACUUUCUGGACCUCACUGAUAACGUUGCCAGAGCUUUGGAUGAUGCUGAUUUAGCAUACUUUCAGUCUCAAUGCGACAUAAGUGUCAAAUUUUUGGACCGUGUACUUAAAAAUGGAAACGGAAAUGUUAUGAAACAUUUUACCCCUAAAGUAAGAUACGUUACUGGAGACGAAGAAGACAGUGAAUCGGAAUCAAGUGAAGACGAGGAAGAAAUAAUGGUGCCAUCGUCAACGGUAGAAAUUUCGCCACUCCCCAGAUCUCCCAUCCCCCUAGCGCCAUCACCUCCACCUCCUACGGAUUCGCCAACGUCUGACUGGGAACAACAAAGUCCUUCAAAUAACGAAGCUUCCCUUAGUCCCCCACCACUUCGACCUCCCCCCGCACCAUUCAGAAUUGCAGGGAUGCCAAGUGUAGCAACAUCGACACCAAAUAUUCCUAAAAGGUCUACUUUCCUCCCCACUCCACCACCCCCUCCAAAAAUUGGUGGAUUUCUACAUAAUCCAAAUAUGUUUGUCAAUGAUAUUGCCCCAGAAGAUAUUAAUUUCUCAGCGUCUCGAAGGCCAUAUACUAGAAAACGAGAACGGGAAACUGACAGUAACCCAUCCAGCUUUGAACUCCAAUUUUCUAGUCCAAAACCCAUACAGCAAAGUGACCAUCAAUCUUUUAAUAAGAAACGGACGACUCCUGGAUCAAUUCCACGGGAGCCGAUUUGCCGAAUUUUGCGAGAUCCACGAGGCGGCGAAGAAUCUGGUAGGAUCAACCAACCAGGAUCUUCUUCUUCUGGUUGGAAGAAAAACAAAAAGACUGACGAUUGGCAUCCUUAACUUUUAUCUGGCUUUGAUGUAAUCGAAUCUAUUUUAGUUACCGGUUAGCAGUUGAUGUCGAUUAAUAUUUUUUAUUUUAAACAUGUGUUUAUAAGCUAAACUUUAGCUUGUCCCGUCCGGUUUAUAUAUUACAGCUGUUAAAGCUUUUUAAAGUGAAAUCAUUCAGGUUGAAAUAUAAAAAUAAUAUUUAUUUAUUUUUAUUGCUCUAAUAAAUAAAUAUGAAUCUGGUACUGAAUAAAUUCACAAGCCUCAAAAACUUUA